GAAACAAAAUAGCAUUUAGGCUGAAAAAUGAGGUUUCUGAAUUUUCCAGAGGUUCAUGCCACUGUGGCUGUGACGCAAUGGAUUCUAAUGUAAUUUGAUUCCCUAACAAAUGAGAUUCACCGAUUUGGGGGAACAACUGGGAACAAGAUGGCUGUCUGGAAACGAAGAAUUUGUUUGGCUUCUUUGUAAGAAUCAGUUAUUGUUUUGGAAUUGUAGAUAACAAAACACAGAUUAUUUGACCGGGCAGUUUGUUAGGCCUUUGUUUGUGCCAGUUACGCAGUUGCGAAGACGCUUCAAGAAUCUCCAAAAACUUAAGUUGCAUUUAGCCUAGUUUGUUUCAUGCGUAGCCUACUCUAUGAAAAGCUGUUCAUACAGUGAAGUAGACGGUUAUAGAUAAACGGGAUUGCUAUAAUUGUUUUGAGUAGGAGUUCACAUGCAUUUGCGUGUAAAAACUUUUUUGUAAAUUGUUCGCUGUAAGCGUGGGUUGGGGAGUCCACUCCAGUUAAUCUAGCUACUACAACAUUCGGUGACAACCUAAAUGUUCAGACUGCACUAAUAGGCUACUAAGUAUGAGUUCCCCGCGAAUCAAGACUAAUCAGUCACAAAAUCAGAGCGUCCGACCAACAGCGGACGCUGUGGGUGUAUCUUUGCCGCAUAGACUGGAUUCAAGCGAGGGUAUUGAGAUGGAAAGAAUCCAUCAUCAGAACUUAGACCCUGGAGCUACCCCGGGGACGCCAUCGCCCCCCACCUCAAGCUCAAGGCAAGCCUGGAGCCGUGACAACCCAGGGUUCGAGCCCGAAGAGGAGAUGAUGGAAUCGGACUGGCCGCCAGCGAGUCCUGGCCGAAGGUCCGUCUCCACGGGUUCGAGUAGCAGUGGGAGCAGCGGCCUUGGAAGCUUCACCGGGGGUAGCAGUACGCGGAUACAUAGGGGACUUUACCCAACACCUACUGUGGAUCUCCCUCAACAGGAGAGGCAUGAUCAUCGUAGUUGCGGAAAGAGGAUCCUUGAGAAAAUAAGAAUUCUGUGGGGCACACGGCUUUUAGAGGACAGCGACAGUAGCAGAGAGAGAUACCUGAAAAAUGUUCUCCGCGAGAUGAUCACCUACAUCGUCUUCCUCAUCACUCUGUGCAUUUUGACAUAUGGGAUGGUGAGCACCAACAUGUACUAUUACACCAAAGUCAUGUCUCAACUGUUCCUGGACACACCAAUAACCAAUGGAGAUCCAACCUCAUUUAAAACCAUAUCUUCCAUGGAUGACUUCUGGAAGUAUGCAGAAGGGCCCUUUCUCAAUGGCAUGUACUGGGAAGUGUGGUACAACAACAAGACCCUUCAGGAGAACCAAAGCCUCAUUUACUACGAGAAUCUCUUGCUUGGGGUCCCACGUCUUCGACAGGUCAAAGUUAGAAAUGAAUCUUGCACUGUCCAUGAAGACUUGAGGGACAAGGUCCAGGCCUGCUACAGCAUGUACUCUCCUACCAAUGAAGAAAAAGCAGCAUUCGGGCUCAAGAAGGGCACACCGUGGGUGUACUCAGACGGGAGCAGCCUGGGAGGAGGCAGCCACUGGGGGGAAGUGGCCACCUACGGUGCGGGUGGGUACUACCAGGACCUGUCCCGAGGCCGAGAUGAAUCAGCCAAUCAGCUGCAAGUGCUGAAGAACAAUCUCUGGUUGGACCGUGGCACCAGAGCAGUGUUUUUGGACUUCUCUGUCUACAAUGGAAACAUCAAUCUUUUCUGCAUUGUCAGGCUAGUGGUUGAGUUUCCAGCCACAGGGGGUGCCAUAACGUCCUGGCAGUUCCAGACGGUGCGUCUCAUCCGCUACGUGUCCAGCUGGGACUGCUUCGUGGGGCUGUGUGAGGUGGCCUUCUGCUUCUUCGUGCUCUACUAUCUUGUGGAGGAGGCGCUGGAGAUUCGCCUGCACCGCCUACACUACUUCAAAAACCUGUGGAACUGCCUGGACGUCCUCCUCAUCAUAUUGUGUGUCCCAGCCUGCAUCAUGAACAUUUGCAGGACAGCCAUGGUGAACAGCAACCUCAAGUAUCUCCUGGACCACACCUCCCAUCCUAAUUUUGUGACCCUAGCGCAACUCCAGGUGCAGUUCAAUAACCUGGCGGCUAUCAUCGUUUUCUUGGCUUGGGUGAAGCUCUUCAAGUUCAUUAACUUCAACAAGACUAUGAGCCAGUUGUCCACCACUAUGUCCCGCUGUGCCAAGGACCUCAUAGGUUUCGCCAUCAUGUUCUUCAUCAUUUUCCUUGCUUAUGCCCAGUUGGGUUAUCUGGUGUUUGGGACCCAAGUAGAUGACUUCAGUACCUUUCAAGCAUGCAUAUUCACACAGUUCCGCAUCCUUCUGGGAGAUUUCGACUUCUCAGAGAUCGAAGAGGCUAAUGGGAUUCUUGGACCACUUUACUUCAGCUCGUUUGUCUUCUUCAUGUUCUUCAUCUUACUGAACAUGUUUUUGGCCAUCAUCAAUGACACUUAUUCUGAAGUUAAAACAGACAUGUCCCAGCAACGGUCUGAGAUGGAGAUGAGUGACCUCAUCAAGAAGGGUUACAACAAAGCCAUGGUGAAACUGCGGCUGAAGAAGACCACUGUGGAUGACAUUUCAGACAGUCUGCGCCAGGCAGGGGGGAAGCUCAACUUCGAUGAGCUCCGCCAGGACCUCAAAGGGAAGGGACACACGGACGCUGAGAUUGAGGCCAUCUUUGCAAAGUAUGACCUCGACGGGGACCAGGAGCUGACUGAGCAUGAGCACCAGCAGAUGAGAGACGACCUGGAGAAAGAGAGAGAGGACUUGGAUCUGGAGCGGAGCACGCUGCCCAGGCCAAUGAGUGGGCGGAGCUUCUCCCGUAGCCAGGACGACUCAGAGGAGGAUGACGACGAAGACAGUGGCCACAGUUCUCGUCGCCGUGGGAGCAGCUCUGGAGGCGUGUCCUAUGAGGAGUUCCAAGUAUUGGUGCGGAGGGUGGACCGCAUGGAGCAUUCCAUUGGUAGUAUUGUGUCGAAGAUCGAUGCCGUCAUUGUGAAGCUGGAGGCCAUGGAGCGCGCCAAGCUGAAGAGGAAGGACGUGCUGGGCAGACUGCUGGACGGAAUGACAGAGGAUGAGCGCGCAGGCAGGGACCCCGAGCAGCACCGAGAGCAGAUGGAGAGACUGGUGAGGGAGGAACUGGAACGCUGGGAGUCAGACGAUACCAUAUCCCAGGUCAGUCAUCAUCAAGGCACUCCCAUUGGUCCAGGAGCUCAGCACCGGCCACGCAGUGCCCGCCCCUCUUCCUCGUUGUCCACUGAGGGCACUGAUGCCCAGGGCAACGUGUGAGACCCCAACCCCCCGCCCCCCCCCCUUGCGUUGCAUAAUGUUCAAUGUUUUCAAAAAAGUGAUGCUGGACCAAAUGAAAGAAGUAACUCUAUAAUACUGCAGUAAUCAGGACCAAGAGAAGUAACUCUAUAAUACUGCAGUAAUCAGGACCAAGAGAAUUCAAUUCAAAUGUAUGGUCAUUCUACUGCUUUGCCAGGUCUGUAUGUGAAGAUGGCCAUUGACAGCCCAUUCCCACCCUUAGAAUGCCAUUUGUUGUUAGUGGCUGAUCAAUUUUGUAAGAUACAUUUCUUGGUUUUUAGCAUCUAUCAGUGAAAAAAAAUCCUUUCAUUAUAUUGGUCUGAAGGCUAAUCAUGAGUUUGCAUUCUUCACCGUCACUUGAUUUGACUAGGAUGAAAGGGACAUGUAUGUGUUGUUAGCAUACUAUAGCUCUUGCUGAUAGAGUACAAAUAUUUCUUUAGUCAAGCUUGCAUUGCAUGCCUAGGCCUACCUGUUAGACAAAGAAAACUUGUAUGUGCAAUUUGAGUAAAACAUUUCCUUUCUGUGCUUAAUCUUAUGAAGGAAUUAUGCAUGUGUGCACUGCUGUGCAAUACAAAAUAGAGGGCAGCGCUACCAAUAGUGUUAUUACACAAUAAUGAAGGAUGCAGUAUUACAUUAUUAUCACAAGAUAAUAAGCAACUUGCACAUCAACAUACUCAACAUCAGCAAGCACUGAAGACAUGGUGUGAAAGUUGAGGAGGACCAUUUGAAGGCUUCAUUAGCCUCUAUAGAGAAACAGUCUGUUGUUGAUCACACACACGGUUACACUCAGUAUAGCAUGCGUGUACUGUAUAAAGCUUAUGAAACACAAUUACAUUCCAUAUGUAUAUGACAUGGUGAAGUGCAAGGAUGGUUUGGACCCGAACAGAUUUUACUGAAGAUAUGGUUGGGUGCAAGUCCAUAUCCUGACAGUGCCAGAGUUUGUUAUGAUGAAUUAAAGGGAAACAGAACGUCUACAUAAUUUUCACCUGCCUUCCUGUUGUGUCAGCCAAGAGCACGAGCUUUGUUGUUUAUUUUGUCAAUGAAUAGAUUUGCAGGUACACUCAAUAUUGAAUUCACUGUUCACUUUUAUAUUUAACGUACACAGAUGUGUGGCACAUUUGGUAUGGCAUGUUUAUAUACAUAUAUAUAUAUAUAUAUAUAUAUAUAUAUAUAUAUAUAUAUAUAUAUAUAUAUAUACAGUGUAUAUAUAUAAGCUUGGUCAUAGUUAACUCUCUUAUACGUAUAUGAGCACAUAUGGUACAUAUUGUAAGUUGAAACAAACUUCGAUUUGGAGUGCAUCUUAGGUUCAUGGGAAGCCCAUGUGUAAAUGACGGUACAAUUUUGUACUUUGUGGAAUUGAUGUUUGGAGCUCAAGUGUGUUUUAUACAAUUCCCCGACAUUAUAUAUAGAGAAUGUGUUGAUAUUCACAAUAAAAUCUUGUAGAAAGACAA